AUGGAAUUUGCCGGCCCGGAGCCAGAACUCCAAUCUGGAGAAGAAGCAGGCGCCCCCAGGAUGCCUGGUGACCCUCACCUCGCCGACUUCACCCAGCUCGGGUCCCAGAUCUAUUUUUACACGCCUCCUGCUCCGUCGGUGGUAGAGAUCGACGGCGCGGCUGAGGCUCAUCAGCAGCAACAAGAGCAGCGACCGUUGGACCCGGAUCUGAUAAUCGUCUGCUCGUGGAUGUACGCCCAGUCUCGGAAUAUUGGCAAGUACAUCAAGGUGUACCAGACGACGUAUCCGUCCUCGCCGAUCCUGCUUCUCCGACAGGACGGAGGCGACUUCUUCUUCCGCACGAAGGCCCAGCAGAUGCGGAACCUGACCCCCGCGGUCUCUCUGAUUCGGGAUCUCUCGGCAAAGAAGGAGAAGAACAAGGAAGGGCAGAAUACGGGGAAGAGGUUGAAGGUGCUCUGCCACGUCUUUUCCAACGGCGGCGCGUGGACGGUAUGCCAGCUUGCAGACGCUUAUUAUCAUCAGCAGCACGAGCAGCAGCAGCAGCAACAGCAACUGUCGUCUCCCGUCUCUCGCGAGGAAACCGACCUUUUACUUCCCAUCACAGCGCUGGUCCUAGACAGCACGCCUUCGCUACCAAACGUGACCGCAUCACACACAGCCAUCUGCGAAGCGCUGCCGAAAUCGCCGCCGGCGCUGCGCGCGCUCGGCAGCGCCCUGGUCUGGGGAUACCUAGGGAUGUCGCACGUCGUGGGCGCCGUGGCGGGGAGGGAGGACGUGACGCUAUCUCUGCGCCGCCGCCUCAACGACCCGCGCGGCGUGUUCACCCAACCCUCCUUGCGGGCCCGCGUCUACGUCUACAGCCAAGCGGACGCGCUGAUCGCCGCGGCCGCCGUGGAGGCGCACGCGCGCGAGGCGGCGCAGGUCAUGACAGGCGGCACGGACAGAGUGCAGCUGGAGGAUUUCGGCAAGAGUCGCCAUGUCGGCCACGUCCUCGCGAAUCCAGCGAGGUACUGGGGCAUUAUUGAGUCGCUGUGGAGGGAGAGCUGUAGAGGGAGCGGUCAGGACUCCAAAUAG